UUUGCUAUAUAUAAUAUAAUUAUAAAUGCGUAAGAAUUUUCAAAUAUUUUACAUAUACAAAAUGUAAAUUUUAUCAUUGAAUAUUUAAAAUUUCACUCGAAUUCCAAAUAUUUUAUUAAAAAAAAUAUUUUUGUUUGAGUGCAUACAAAACAUAUUUAAUUUAGAAAAGUGACCUUAAUAAUCCCGUACCUAAUCGUUUAUUGUAUUCGUGUUUACAUUUUCAUUCAAGGUACUCGCAUAUUAUAUACUUGAAGGUUAUUUGCUAGUACGAGUACCUAUAGCAAACAUAAGUCGAUUUGAUGUUUUAAAUUUUUAUUGUCGACAAUAUAUAUAAUAUAUAACAUCAAUUCUUUAUGAUAAAGUCCAAAUAAAUAUUUCACGAUAAGUAUCUAGAGAAAUACUACUAAUAUCGUAUUUAGUUCAUAACAUUCGACGGGAAGUAUUUACCUACGGCUACGUACCAACAUAUUAUAUUAUUAUGCAAACGUUGUAUAUUCGUAUGAAACCGAUGAUGUAUUUCUGCCACCUGUACGGUAUGGGAUUUUGUCGUGACAAUUUUCGAAUAAUUUAUUUUCUAUUGAUAUUCAUUAAUGUUUCUGUUAGUUUUCACAUAUACUAUACAAUGUUUAUGUAUGUCCAAAAGAAUCUGUUGUCAAUGUUCAGCCUGUCUACAGUAACAUCCGUUGCUCGACUGCAUAUCCGUUAUUUAGCGAAUCCGUUAAUGAUCGUAUUGUUGAGUGUCAAAAAGACGACUAUUUUGAACUACAUUAGCGACUUCGAUAGUCUCGUUCUAAGAAUCAAUAAAGUUUCACUUACGCCGUACACGAUACAUUUCUUCAGUUGGCUAAUAACUACUCUGGUCGCAGAAUUAAUACAGAUUAUGUCGUUCCACUAUCGCACAGAUUUACAAUAUUUUACGACAUGGUCCACUGUUCAGUACGUCUUCUCUAAUAUUUGGAUAGUCACACCGGUUUUGUUAUACAUUUUUCUCAUCUCGUUGGUCUCCAACGGUAUACAAGAAAUCAACAACGACAUAACUUCGAUAAGAGCGUGGAGAAUACACAGUCUCAAGUGGAAAGAGCUGCAAGGCAUGUCAAUAGUUCUAACAAACUCCGUGUUUGGAAAUAUUAUCAUUAUAUUUAUUAUGUACACCAUCAUGGAUUUAACCUUUUUCAUUUAUGCGACGUAUUUAAGUUGGAUAAAUAAUUUCCCUAUCGAAAUUGUUACAUACAUCAUAAUGUGGUUUGUUCGAGCCGGCUUGAUGUUUCAUCUUUUCCGAACAACCCAAAGUUGCAAGUUAGAACAACAGAUGAAAAAGACACAAAUGGUUUUGAAUGGCAUUGAUAAGACUACAGUUUUCGAUUACAAAGAAUUUCAGUUCACCUCUUUGUAUAUGUUGCAUACUGAUUUCAGUUUCACGCCAUGUAAUAUUUUUGAUAUAACGUACAGAAAUUUAUUAACUAUAUUUACCAUAAGUGCAGCUUACUCAACUUUUCAAAUUCAAAUGAACCCACGUUUAUAAUAUAUUUUAAUUUUCUAAUUCUUUUUCUGAUGUUUACUUCUUCUCAAAGGAUACAUGCAGUACAUUAAUAAAAAAAACUUCGAAUAAUUUAUUCGUAUUAUAGAUUUAUUUUCAACCUACGCCUACCUGCAGUG